UCAGUUUUGUUUGAGUUUUAAAGUUUAUAAGAGGCGGGUUUUGGUAAAAUAUUUUCUCAUUAAAUGGCAGCACCGGUACAUUAUUUGAAUAACAAUUUAAAGAUCCCAGCUCUUGGUGCGGGUACAGGAAAGCUUAAAGGAGAAACGGGUGUUCAAGCGAUUAAAGAUGCCAUAGAUGCUGGUUAUCGAUUAUUCGACACUGCUUUCCUCUACGGUAACGAAGACAUCGUUGGGCAAGCUAUCAGUGAGAAAAUAACCGAAGGCGUAGUGAAGCGUGAUGAGAUUUUUAUCAUUGGAAAACUCUGGGGAAUUCAUCAUGAUCAAGUGGAGCGAGCGUGCCGCGAGACAUGCCAACGAUUGAAAGUCGAUAACGUUGAUCUUUACCUGCUUCACUUUCCUGUGUCGUUUACUUUCCACAAUGACAGUGAGAAAUGGCCAAAAGAUGAUGACGUGCUUGACAAAGAUUACAUGGAUGUGUGGGUAGAGAUGGAGAAGUUAGUUCACCUUGGCUUGACCAAGAACAUAGGAGUCUCAAACUUCAACGAGAAGCAACUUGAACGUGUUUAUCGACUAUCGAAUCUGAAACCAAAGUGCCAUGAAAUCGAAUUUCAUCCAGGUUUUACUCGUUAUAGUUUAUUGAAACUAUGUAGGGAAUUAAAUAUUUCUGUUAUCGCUUACUGCCCUCUUGGUCGACACAAACUUGAAAAACAAGAGCCAAAGUUUCUUUACGACUCAAAAGUGCAGGAAAUUGCAGAAAAAUACAACAAAACCACAGCACAAGUAGCUCUUCGUUUCUCAGUGCAAUCCAACGUUAUUCCUAUUCCUAAAUCAGCUACAAAAUCUCGACUUAAAGAAAACAUAGACGUGUUCAAUUUUCAAUUAACAGAAGAUGAAGUUUCAUACCUUAAGAACUUCCAUGAUGAAGCAAAUCAAAUAUGUUUGUUUCACUUUGCAACGAGGAGUGAACAUUAUCCAUUCAAAUGAGAAAACCUCAUCAAAUGUUCUUGUUAUGAACUAUUAAUUGGCAAUUUGAAAUGAAAUUUUAAGUGUAAAGUAAUUUCUAUCGUCGCAAUUUUAGUCGAGAUAGUUUCAAAGUGUCUUAAUAUUCAAAUAAGUUUUGCAUUAAUUUAUAUUUCGGAAAACAAGAUUCUUGUGUUAACUCGACACAUAUCUAACUGUUCACAACUAGGUAUAUGAUAUCGGUUUAUUUUCUAAAACAUUAUCUUCGCAAUAAAUAAUGAAAGCUUCCCGAAUGGAUGCUUUUAGUAUUUCUUCUUCUGUUUUGCUUUUGCGGUUCCUCUACUUAGCUAACUUUGAUUAGUCUAUCACAUUAGAAAAAGAUCAUGUGGGAAGGAUUUUCCUUCCACUUUCUGCUCUAGCUUAAUAUUUAAUUCCUAGAGCUAAUAAAAAGAAAUUUCUUGCAUUUUUAUCUUUUCUCAUGAAAAAGAAACAACAGAAACUUGUGAUGUGAAGUGGG